AUACUGCACAUGGAUCAGCCAAGAUAUUAUUUUAUUUUCUAUCGAAUAACAUUUGGAGCUCUGUUUUGCGCGCCGAUUGACGACAGGGUUGCUGCCUUAGGUAAACAAGCUGGAGACUGGCCAGAUCUCUGUCCGCAGGCAACUCCAAAGCUGAGCUUGAGCUAAGCUUUCUUAUACCCAUAUGCAAAACAUGGCUUGAAUCGCAACGCGAACAGUCUGGAGAAAAUAUCAGUCGCAUACGUUAGAGCUGCCGUUACUUUCUUGUGCAUCGUCAUUCCUUACUGCUCUGUUGCUUUGUCCCCGCAAGGCCUGACAGCCCGCGAUGGCCGCCGUCAGUCCUCUCGCGGAGUUCCUUGGGCAAGCGAUUUACCAGUUCGAAAUACUCAAACCCCUCCUCCCGACAUACGGACAUCUUCUUAUAUCUGCCCUAUUCCCCAUAUACAUCGGCUCUCACGCCUCGCUGUCACGACCGUCAUCAGCUGCGAAGCCUUCGAAAUCUCGAAAGAAGGAACAUGAAUCAAGUAGCGAGGAAGACAAUGAGGAAGAGGGAGGAGGACCCAUUCAAAAAAUGGAGGGCUUGGAGCCAUCGGAUGCACUCAUGUUCCCUCUGAUGGCAGGGUUGACACUGGGAGGGCUAUAUCUCGUCAUCAAAUGGCUUGAAGACCCAGCGAUCUUGAAUAAGAUCCUGAGCUUUUAUUUCUCUCAGAUGGGACUAUUCUUUGCCAUUGCCUUCUUGAAAGACAGCCUGUUAGUGGUGAGAUCAUUUCUGUUUCCCUCACGAUAUAAGUAUGCUGGGAAGAUCUGGAAAGUCAAGCAAUCGCAACACAUUUUCACCAGUGCUGGCGAGGUUCGACAGUCACCUCUUCCAGGGUUUCUGUCGGCGCUGCCUCUGCCGAAAUUGGCCAGAGACAUACUCUGGUCUUGUCGUGGUAUCGCUUACCAGAAGGCUAAGUUUCGAUUACGGGUGCGCCGCGUGGGAGACAUAAAAUGUCGUUUCGGGAUACUUGACAUUCUAAGCGGCUUUGCUGCACUAUGCGCCGUUGGCUACUUUGCUUUCGUGACAAAGCCCUGGUGGCUUACGAACUUUCUGGGAUUUAGCUUCUGCUAUGGUGCUUUGCAAUUCAUGUCUCCGUCGACUUUCUGGACGGGAACACUGAUCUUGGGCUCUCUGUUCCUUUACGAUAUUUAUUUCGUUUUCUUCACUCCUCUGAUGGUGACUGUCGCAACUAAACUUGAUGUUCCGAUCAAACUGCUAUUCCCACGCCCGCCAGCUGAAGGGGCUGCUCCAGAUGUCGUCUCGUUGGCAAUGCUGGGUCUGGGUGAUAUUGUGGUGCCCGGUAUGAUGGUCGGACUGGCAUUACGUUUCGAUCUUUUUCUGUACUACAGAAAGAAGGGUCUGCAGAUCGCGAAAGAGGCAGGUGAAGGAGCAACCUUUAUAAGGCCUAGAUAUCAAACUGCGACUGGAGGUUGGGGUGAACGGUUCUGGGCCCGUCAGAGAAAGUCUACGCAAGCUGCCGAACUGGAGCCCCCUUACCAUGAUGCUCAGUCAUUCCCGAAGGUCUACUUCCAUGCUAGUCUGAUUGGCUACAUAAUUGGUAUGAUUGCUACACUACUUGUCAUGCAGUACGCAAACCAUGCUCAGCCGGCGCUUUUAUACCUUGUUCCGGGUGUUCUUAUCUCACUAUGGGGAACCGCCUUCUUCAGAGGAGAGAUCACUCCCAUGUGGAAUUUCUCCGACGCUGAAGAGGAAGAUGAAGAAGAUGCCAAGAAACGUGAAUAUAAAGAGGCCAAUGAGCAGAAGCCGAAAGCACCCAAGGGAAGCUUGUUUUCUCGUCUGCUUUCCGGUGACAUUAAAGCUUUAUCUGAGGAGCCUGAGAAUACUACCGGAUCAAGGUCGGAAACAAAAGAUGUCGUUUCUGCCACAGAUCAAGGCACCGAGCACUCAGAGGGCGAGUCUUCAGAAAAGACGCGCAGAUCCUCUAAGAAUUGUGAUGAAGAUGAUAAAUCUGACGAACUUAUCCUGUUCUCUAUCUCUCUGCCCCGGAGAAAGAAGUCUCGACAGAAGGGAAAUUUGGAAUCAGAGACCAAUUCUGGCCAACGCAGUUCAACCUCUGUGGUGCCGCGUGAUGGCGAACCCCCGACUAAGAGGCUUCGACGGAGCCCCAGAGGACAACAAUCAUAAUUCGAAUCUUGAAGACUGACACUACUUCUAUUUAAUCUCAUUUCUUUUCAACGGUAGUAAAACGUCAUGAGUACGAUAGCCGUUGUUAUCAUGACAGACUGCAUAAUCCGGAGUUCAGGUUAGCGGACUAGUAGAUGUAUCAUUCGUGUUCUAUGAGCAAAGGAUAUAUCGGAUAGUGGUAUCAUUAUGUAUGCUUUAGUGACUUUAAACCUAAUGGCAGAGA